UCAACUUAAAGAUAACCUUUCUUUUCCUGUGAUCAAGGUUUCGAGUUUACACACGUUGUAGAAAAGUCCUACCAAAAAUAAUAAAAAUAUGGAUAAACCCGUUGUACUUGCAAGAGUAAUGAAAGUUCUGGGGAGAACUGGGUCCCAGGGCCAGUGUACCCAAGUCAAAGUAGAGUUUAUCGGAGAGCAGAAUCGUCAAAUAAUCAGGAAUGUAAAAGGGCCAGUGAGAGAAGGUGAUAUCCUCACCUUGCUUGAAUCUGAGCGCGAAGCCAGGAGAUUGCGAUAAUGUUUUAUUGAGGUGGUGUGGUGAAAGAAGUUGGUCGAAUUUCAUGCAUUGAUGUAAAUUUUAUAAAUACAAUAAAAAUUUAUUGCAUUACA